AUGGCCAUUCCCAGGGGACACCCUCCUCCCUCCCCUUGGCCUCCUCUCUUCCUCCUCCUCCUCUUCCUCCUCCUCCUCAUCUCCUCCCCGCUCCCCGUGCAGGCCCGGCCGCUCCUCCUCCACCCGUCCAUCAACGUGGCGGUAGUGUUCAGCGGCUCCAGCUACCAGACUGAGGUCAGGGGUCGUCUCAGCGGUGAAAACUUUGUCGACCUGCCCGUGGUGGUCAGCCCAGUGACCGUGCUGGUCAACGACACCAACCCCCGCGACCUUCUGACACACCUCUGUGAUACCAUGGCAACAGAGAAACUGCACGGCGUUGUGUUCGAGGACGAUGUGGGCUCAGGUGCCGGGGCUCAGGUGGCAGAAGUGGCACAGAUCCUGGACUUCCUCUCCACUCAGACAGCUCUGCCGAUCGUGGGCAUCAGUGGCGGCUCCGCAGUCGUCAUACCAUACAAGGCGGACGGGUCCUCCUUUUUACAGAUGGGGGCGUCUCUGGAGCAGCAGAUAGUCUGCAUGUUUAAGCUCAUGGAGGAGUACGACUGGGGCGAGUUCGCUGUGAUCACCAGCCUGCUGCCGGGCUACGACACCUUUGUGGACAUAGUUCAGUCCUACACAGACACCUCCUAUUUCCUGUGGAAUCUACAGGAUGUCUUGUCUCUGGAAAUGUCUGUUGGGUCCAGUGACGUGAAGACCAAACGCAUGCUGCAGCAGUUGGAUUCUCGGGUCCUGUUGGCAUAUUGCUCCUACGAAGAGGCGCAGUACCUGUUCCGUAACGCGGCCGAGGUGGGUCUGCUGGGGCCGGGCUACAUCUGGAUCCUCCCCAGCCUGGCCGUGGGCAACCCCGACAGCCCUCCGCCUGACAGCUUCCCCAUCGGCGUUAUUGGAGUGAUUACGGACCAGUGGGGGAAGAGCUUGCGGCAGAGGGUGAGGGAGGGUGUCGCCAUUGUAGCGAAAGGUGCCGAGAGCUUCAAGAAGCAGCAUGGUUUUAUUCCGGAGGGACACGGUGACUGCAACAAACCGGCUAAACACUCAGACAACAACACUCUGUUCAGGCACAUGCUGAAUGUGACAUGGGAGAGGAAAGAUCUGUCAUUCAACAACCAAGGCUUCCUCUCCAACCCUUCCAUGGUCAUUGUCACUCUGGACCGAGAGAGACUCUGGGACAAGGUGGGCACGUAUGCUCGAGGGAUCCUUCAGGUUCGCUACCCGGUCUGGCCUCGAUAUGGCAGCUACCUGGAGCAAGUGUCCGAUGACCGUCACCUGACCGUGGCCACGCUGGAGGAGCAUCCCUUCGUCAUGGUGGAGAACGUGGACCCGGGCACCGGCACGUGUGUCCGCAACACGGUGCCCUGUAGGCGCCAGUCCAAUCGCACAGAGAGCAUAAUCGGCCACUCUGAGUCCUACACCAAGCUGUGCUGUAAAGGCUUCUGCAUAGACAUUCUGAAGAAGCUGUCCCGCACCAUCAAGUUCUCCUACGACCUCUACCUGGUCACCAACGGGAAACACGGAAAGCUGGUCCGUGGGACUUGGAACGGCAUGAUCGGGGAGGUUGUGUACAGGCGAGCUGACAUGGCCAUUGGCUCUCUCACUAUCAAUGAGGAGCGUUCGGAAAUCAUCGACUUCUCCGUGCCGUUUGUUGAGACAGGCAUCAGCGUCAUGGUCGCCCGCAGCAACGGGACAGUUUCCCCGUCUGCCUUUCUCGAGCCCUACAGCCCAGCAGUUUGGGUCAUGAUGUUUGUGAUGUGCCUGACCGUGGUGGCCGUGACAGUGUUUGUGUUUGAAUACUUCAGUCCAGUCGGCUACAAUCGCAGUCUGGUCAGCGCCAAAUCUCCCGGCGGUCCGACGUUCACCAUCGGGAAGUCAGUGUGGCUGUUGUGGGGCAUCGUCUUCAACAACUCAGUCCCCAUUGAAAACCCCAAAGGGACAACCAGUAAGAUCAUGGUCCUGGUCUGGGCCUUCUUCGCCGUCAUCUUCCUGGCCUCUUACACUGCCAACCUGGCUGCCUUCAUGAUCCAGGAACAGUAUAUAGACACAGUGUCUGGGCUGUCUGACAAGAAGUUCCAGAAACCACAUGAGCAUUACCCUCCUUUCCGCUUCGGGACGGUCCCAAACGGGAGCACAGAGAGGAACAUCCGCAGCAACUACCUCGACAUGCACACACACAUGGUGAAAUACAACCAGAAGGGGGUGGAGGAAGCUCUAGAAAGCCUCAAAACCGGGAAGCUGGACGCCUUCAUCUACGACGCUGCUGUCUUGAACUACAUGGCCGGGAAGGACGAGGGCUGCAAGCUGGUGACCAUCGGCAGCGGGAAAGUGUUUGCCACCACAGGAUACGGCAUCGCUCUGCAGAAGGACUCCCGCUGGAAACGGCCCAUUGACCUGGCGCUGCUGCAGUUCCUCGGAGACGGAGACACCCAGCGCUUGGAGACGGUGUGGCUGUCGGGCAUCUGCCAGAACGAGAAGAACGAAGUGAUGAGCAGCAAGCUGGACAUCGACAACAUGGCGGGCGUCUUCUACAUGCUGCUGGUGGCCAUGGGCCUCAGCCUGCUGGUCUUCGCCUGGGAGCACCUGCUUUACUGGAAACUGCGGCACUCUCUCCACAAGUCUCACAAACUGGACUUCCUGUUGGCCAUCAGUAGGGGUAUCUACAGUUGUUUCAAUGGCGUCGAGGAUCCUGGCCGUUCAUCUGGUUUGGCAAAACCUGACCUGACCUCCAAUUAUGCUCAAGCGAACAUGCUAAAGAUGCUCCGCACUGCCAAGGACCUGGUCUCCACUGCCAACGUUGAGACCUCUCUGGACAACGCCACCAAGACCAUAGAACAGUUGAGUCGUCAUGGCGGCAGCUUGCCUAUUCGUGUUCCGCAGGUGGCCACGGAGGCGGUGCCGGGAGGAUUCGCUUACGUUACGGAGAAUCACUGCUCUCUCCCCCAGCGCUCCCUGACCCCACCUCUGACUGCUGCUACCUCUCUGAAACAGCAGAGGAGCGUGACCAGGCCCACGCCACUGCGCUACACGCUCCCGACUCACUCUUCCUCAUGCCUGUAUGACCGGCCACUUCCUGUGUCCAGCCUCAGCACCCCUCACCUGGCCGUGGGCGAGCCGCUCCCUCAUCAGCACCCGCACCACUACCAGACCACUGGGAGGCUCUACGUGGACACCCAUCCCCAUUCGCCCUUCAUCCCCUACACCGAUCUCCAACUACCUGACAUCUACGCCUCUCACCCGGUGUCCUCACCUCAAAACCACCACGUCCAAGCAGGCUUUUCCCGGCGGAAACGGAGGUCCAAGAGUUUCCAGUGUGAGGACGAGGAUGUCGAGAGGAGAAAAAACAGGGACCAGGAAAAGAGUGACAAAAGUCCCAUCUGUCUGAGUGAGCUCAAAGCCAAUCACCUCCAAGAGAACCACAUCUCCACCCCCAGCGUUGACAGCAUCUACUCAGGGGAGGUGACGUGUCCUCGCAUAGAGAACUACAGCUCCUGGCCCCCGGAGGACCUCAUGCUGAGAGGGAGACGCAGGCAACGCCGCCCCUCUUUCCUCAAAGCGACAUGGGGCAGCGAGCAGAUGCGCCAGCUCGAUGAGUCCCAGUCAUCCCUGUCCAGCCAAUCACCGUCCACCCUGCCAGACCUGUUUCCAUGCAUUCUCACGCCCACCACACCUGCCAAGGCCUACAACCCUGCCCACCUUCGAAACAACCUGUGCCUCCCACGGAACCAGGCCUACCUCCACAUACGGGAGGACCAGAGGAGGCCCAAUGGGCGUAAGGGCCAGAGGCUGCGCUACUCCCACUCCACCCACCUCCCCACAUACGGAGAAGCAGUACGACAUGGGACCGGGUUAGGGCGGGGGAUGGUACGGAGAGCCACCAGCUUGCUCAGUAGACAGUAUGCCCACUACCUGAACUCGUACCCUGGACUACCCCUCUACCAUGGCCCGCUAGACCUGCAGCACCACAGCCAGGCCUCCAGCAGCCACCCAAGCCCCAGCCCAAUGUGCCAACUGCUGGCUUGUGGUGGAGGGAGAUGUGGAAGCCAGCGGGCUCUGCUGUACCAGGACAGCGUGUAUGGGGCCUACGGGGUCUAUCAGGGAUCCCAGACUGGAUCAGAGGCCCAAGCAGGUCAGGGAGCAGGGGGCCAGCCGAUGGGAAGCCCCUGCGUACUACGUCCCUGGCGACGGGUUUCUAGUCUGGAAUCUGAGGUCUGA